UGGGAAAAAAAAUCACCAAAGAGUAUUUAUCCACUACAUUUUACUACACUACGUUAAAAAUCACAACUCACAAGGCACAAGUAAUCGGUAAAUGACAAACGUGAAAGAUAAUGACUUCCACUGUUUACGAAUUAUUUGUAUUUAUCUGAAAAACAGUGUCUGUUUGCUUAAUUUUAUAUGAUUUAUUUUACAUCUGGGUUACUUAUUGUAUUAGAUGGCGUUUCCUCAACCUAAUGCACAAAGAGAACUAACUAAUAGAAAAAUAUUAGAGGAACUUCAGCUUAAAAAGCAGAUGCUGUUGAAGCAGGGAGCUGUGGCGCCUCUUACUGCCACUACUAUUUCCUUGACCCAACCAAGUCCUGUUAGCCAGCUGCCUAUGUGCUCUAUUCCUCCACUUUCUGCUACAGCUGGUUUUCCGCAACUACCUGAAGCUAAUAUUGUAAAUACAAGUCAUAGAGCUGCUUUACAGCACGCAAACGCAACAUCUUGUGGUUACUUUGUUUCACAAGAUUCUUCUUUUGGUAACCAAAUACUACCAGUUCUACCGAGAUUUGAUAAUAAGUGA